GCAUGUCCCACUUUGUUCGUAUUGCCAAGUAGUGCCAUCUUGCGACCACGAGAUCUGGACAUGCCCAAAUGCAUACUGCUGGUGCUAAGGCUACUGCUCGUUUGCUGGGUUGCUGUGGAUUCCUCCUUCCUACUCAGCUUUAUUUUCUCAAGCAAUUUGCCCUCCCUAAAGCCAACUUUGGUUGGGUUGCUCGUGGUCCCACCUGGACUGUCGCUAGCUCUCUCUGCUCUCUGGGCUACCUUUUGGGUCUCAACUCGCCGUGUCCGGUACUCCAGUCCGUGGCUGCGUGCUCUUUUCUUGGGAGGUAGCUUGCACCUGGAUGUCGCCUGGGUCACUCGCUUGGCGGCUGCGGCUUCCUGGUCUAAUCAUGGUGGGACUUGUUCCGGCGCUCUGCGUUCCUGGUUCCGUUCUCACGACUUCACGUCCGUCCGUCCUUGGGUCUGGCGUCAUCCCGUUGCCUCUGUCGAGGUCGACCUUUCUGUUCGUCCUGGUCCCAAAAUGCUGGCAUGGUGCUUUGUCAAGACCUCCUACGUUUGGUGGCACCGGGCCAGCGUGGCGUUUGCGCUACGUUGUCCGAUGUUUGGUCUGGUGGAGCUGCUGGCAGCGCAGCAACCAGACGGAAAAGGAAAACAAGACAAGGAGAAAAGUGAUCAGUUGGUGCCACCAACGGUUCCAGAUCCACCAUCUCCUGAUGACCCCGAAGCGCUUACCCCUGAACGGGCUGCCAAAGAGGACGCACGACCGGUAAAUCGGUCUCAGUUCCCCCUAUUGAAAGAUCAGAGCUUCUGGCUUGCGGCAGUAGGGAUCCUGAUCCGAACCCGAAUACUGAAGCCACAGUUUCGAAUUUUUGCAGACCAAACACUGCAGCGAGUGCUGGCAAACGAGAAAGAGAUGUUGGUAAGAGCGGCAGUCUUCGGAACCCAACGAAAUCCGUUGCUUUGGCCAGCACAUGUAGGCGCAUCGCUGUUGCGAAAGUCGGUGGUGGCGGACACUAUCGAGACGUCUCCUUUGUUGCCUGAGAGCCAAAGAGCUUGGUCCUGCCCUUUGUGCAAUCACGGGCUCCCGGAACUUCCUACACAGGCCCGUGUCUUGGAUUCCACAAAAUGGCUCAUCGGUGGUGACUUCAACGAGACCCCCAAUGAUAGUCAGUUUGCUGAGUUGGUUCGCUCUCUUAAUGACUUCUGGGUCCAUUUCUGGCAAGACCAUGCUCGUUCUGUCCCGGACUUGGCCUCUCGCACUAGCUCGCUGUUGGCCGGAGCCCGGGUCCCCGAGACCCCUGUGAACAUUCGGUGCCCUACGGGCAUUGAACUGCAAGCCCGGGCCCAAAGCGGUUCUGGUGCCGCUGGACCUGACGGUUGGCUACUGCUCGUUUGUUGGGUUGCUGUGGAUUCCUCCUUCCCACUCAGCUUUGUUUUCUCAAACAGUUUGCCCUCCCCAAAGCUAACUAUGGUUGGGUUGCUCGUGGUCCCACCUGGACUGUCGCUAGCUCUCUCUGGGCUACCUUUUGGGUCUCAACUCGCCGUGUCCGGUACUCCAGUCCGUGGCUGCGUGCUCUUCUCUUGGGAGGUGGCUUGCACCUGGAUGUCGCCUGGGUCACUCGCUUGGUGGCUGCGGUCCUUCGUGCUCGCUUUCGGUCUUGUGAUCCUUCCUGGUCUAAUCAUGGUGGGACUUGUUCCGGCGCUCUGCGUUCCUGGUUCCGUUCUCACGAUUUCACGUCCGUCCGUCCUUGGGUCUGGCGCCAUCCCGUCGCCUCUGUCGAAGUCGACCUUUCUGUUCGUCCCGGUCCCAAAAUGCUGGAGCCUCUUAUCGGUCUUGCUCAACACAAUGUUCGGGAAGGCUGGGGGGCUUGGGUUUGGAAAAAAUAUUCUCAAUGUGGCAGGCAUGAGGUCCAGUCCCUUCCUGUCUCUGAUCAAACUUUUCCUUCUUUGCUUCUUUGGAUAUCAAGAACACUCGUUCGUGGAUCUUGUCCAGUCCCGUCGCUGUCACGGUCGGAUUGGGUGCCACGUUCAGUCCGGGAACUUACUCUCGCAUUCCUUCGUCGUCUCGUUCUUCUGCUUGCCCGUGGGAGUGCGGGGGCAUUGGAUUCUGGGAGCACAUCGCUUGGGAGUGUCCGUCUUGAAGGUUCGAUGCUGGUUGGCUAAGUGCCAAGACAGCAUCUGGAAUACUAAGGAACCCG